GUCCACAGUGAGGUGGAGUCGGAACCCGGGUGGCGGCGGACCUGGGGCGGGGCCGGGGCCGGGCCCAGGCGCGGCGGGGAGCUCCCUGGCCCGGGGGUCGCUCGCGCGGCGCGGACUCCCAGGCUCCGGUUAGUGGAGCGCAAAUCUCCGCCCCGCGAUUCCCCAGCAGCGCGGCGUGGCUGUGGCGAGCGCGGCGAGGUGAGGGAGGCGGCGGCUCCCGCCUCACGAAGGGCAUGUUCGGAGGGGCGGCCGCGGUGAGCCGCCUGCCCCAGCGCCCCCUCCUCAGCGCCGCGCCCACAGCGCGAUAAAAAAGCGGCCGCGCUUCCUGACUCCAGACCCGCGCUCGUCGCCGCCGCCAGCCAGGCGGCGAUGACUGGGCGCCCGCGGCGGCCCCGAGGCGCCGGGUGGACCCUUUGCUGACUGGAUCGCGGCUGCCUGCCGGCGUGUCCACGGCGCCACAGCCGGCAUGGGCUGCGCCCCGAGCAUCCGCAUUUCUGAGGGCCGGGCGGUGUACCAGGGCGGCAAGGGGGCCGAGGUCGCCCCGGGGCCCGCGGCGCCGCUGUCCUCUUCUGGCGGGCCGUGCCUCGUACAGAGCCAGAAGACGGCCGCCCAGCCCCCGGCCCGGGGCGCCAGCCUCCCGGAGUCCGAGCACCGCGACGGCAGCGGCAAGAAGGUAGCAGUAGCUGAGGUGCAGUUUGGCCCCAUGAGAUUUCACCAAGAUCAACUUCAGGUACUUUUAGUGUUUACCAAAGAAGAUAACCAGUGUAAUGGAUUCUGCAGGGCAUGUGAAAAAGCAGGGUUUAAGUGUACGGUCACCAAGGAGGCUCAGGCUGUCCUUGCCUGUUUCCUGGACAAACAUCAUGACAUCAUCAUCAUAGACCACAGAAAUCCUCGACAGCUGGAUGCAGAGGCCCUGUGCAGGAGUGUUUUAAGUGUCAAAUUAUGAUAAAAUCCUGUGAUGAUACAAAAUUUUGGUGUAGUGAGAUAUAAUUGAAAAAACUGUGUCUAACCUUUCCCUGUGUUCUUUUGAAGGGUGGCUAGAGAAGAGUUAUCUGUAAUGCCCUUCCUUGCUGCUGGAUUCACAAGGAGGUAUAUUGAAAACCCCAACAUCAUGGCUUGCUACAACGAACUGCUCCAGCUGGAGUUUGGAGAGGUGCGAUCACAGCUGAAACUCAGGGCUUGUAACUCAAUAUUCACUGCAUUAGAGAAAAGUCAAGAAGCAAUUGAAAUUACAAAUGAAGACCACAUUAUACAGUAUGCAAAUCCUGCAUUUGAAACAACAAUGGGCUAUCAGGCAGGUGAAUUAAUAGGGAAGGAGUUAGGAGAAGUGCCUAUAAAUGAAAAGAAGGCGGACUUGUUGGAUACUAUAAAUUCAUGCAUCAAGAUAGGCAAGGAGUGGCAAGGAGUUUACUACACCAAAAAGAAAAAUGGAGAUAAUGUACAGCAAAAUGUGAAGAUAAUACCUGUCCUUGGACAGGGAGGAAAAAUUAGACACUAUGUGUCGAUUAUCCGAGUGUGCAACGGCAACAGUAAGGCUGAGAAAAUAUCUGAAUGUGUUCAGUCUGACACUAAUACAGAUAAUCAGACAGGCAAACAUAAAGACAGAAGGAAAGGCUCACUGGACGUCAGAGCUAUCGCCUCCCGAUCAGGUGAAGUGUCCAGCCAGAGACGACACUCCUCCAUGGCCCGGAUACAUUCCAUGACAAUUGAGGCGCCCAUCACCAAGGUAAUCAAUAUUAUCAAUGCUGCCCAGGAAAGCAGUCCCAUGCCUGUGACAGAGGCCCUAGACCGUGUGCUGGAGAUUCUGAGAACCACUGAAUUAUACUCACCACAGUUCGGUGCGAAGGAUGACGAUCCUCACGCCAAUGAUCUCGUCGGCGCCUUAGUGUCUGAUGGUUUGCGAAGACUAUCAGGGAAUGAAUAUGUUCUUUCAACAAAAAGCAUUCAGCACGUUUCAAGCAAUAUAAUCACUCCCAUCUCCCUUUGCGAUGUCCCACCACGGAUAGCUCAGGCCAUGGAAAAUGAGGAAUACUGGGACUUUGAUAUUUUUGAACUGGAGGCUGCCACCCACAAUAGGCCUUUGAUUUAUCUUGGUCUCAAAAUGUUUGCUCGCUUUGGAAUCUGUGAAUUCUUAAACUGCUCCGAGUCAACGCUGAGAUCGUGGUUACAGAUUAUUGAAGCCAAUUAUCAUUCUUCUAACCCCUACCACAAUUCUACACAUUCUGCUGAUGUGCUUCACGCCACUGCCUAUUUUCUCUCCAAGGAGAGAAUAAAGGAAACUUUAGAUCCAAUGGACGAGGUUGCUGCGCUCAUUGCAGCCACCAUUCAUGAUGUCGAUCACCCUGGGCGAACCAGCUCCUUCCUGUGCAACGCUGGCAGCGAGCUGGCCAUUCUGUACAAUGACAUUGCUGUGCUGGAGAGCCACCACGCGGCCUUGGCCUUCCAGCUGACCACUGGAGAUGACAAAUGCAAUAUCUUUAAAAACAUGGAGAGGAAUGACUAUCGGACACUGCGCCAGGGGAUCAUCGACAUGGUCCUAGCCACAGAAAUGACAAAGCACUUCGAGCACGUUAACAAAUUUGCCAACAGCAUCAACAAACCCUUGGCAGCACUAGAAGAAAGCGAGGAAACUGAAAAAAAUCAGGAAGCCAUAAACUCUAUGCUCAGGACUCCAGAGAACCGGACUCUAAUCAAACGAAUGCUGAUUAAGUGCGCCGAUGUGUCCAAUCCCUGCCGACCCCUAGAGUCCUGCAUCGAGUGGGCUGCACGCAUUUCAGAAGAGUAUUUUUCUCAGACGGAUGAGGAGAAGCAGCAGGACUUGCCUGUGGUGAUGCCGGUGUUCGACAGAAACAGCUGCAGCAUCCCCAGAUCCCAGAUCUCUUUCAUUGACUACUUCAUCACAGACAUGUUCGAUGCUUGGGACGCCUUCGUAGACCUGCCUGAUCUAAUGCAGCAUCUUGACAACAACUUCAAAUACUGGCAAGGACUGGACGAAAUGAAGUUGCGGGGCCUCCGACCACCUCGCGAAUAGUGUGGGACACUGUCCAGGGCCCAGACGCUUUGUCCCUCUGAUUAUUUGGAAUUCCAGAUGGCAGCCAGAGUUCCUUGGUCCUUUCAGUAUUAGGCAGAACUGUCCCCCAGUCUGCAGAGCCUGUGAAAAGCACAUGAGGGACAUCAGUGAACUUCUGCAGCCACUAUCCAAUGCCACUGCCACAGAGUGAGACUUGGCCACUGUACCUUGGGCCUGAGCUCUUCAGAAAGGCACACAAGAACCAUGGUUUUCAUCAGCUUUCUUUAACACAUGAGGUCUGGAGAGACCCUGCAAAAGGUAUUGAUGGAUUUCCUGCCAGCAACAGAGAGUAUCUUACAAACAGUUUCUCUCAGUUAUGUUCAGACUUAAGAACAGCUGAUGGCAAUCGGAUCUUUAGCAAUUUUUCCACAUCAUAGAAGGUGCAAUCACUCACUUUGGAACACUACUGAAAGUGACUUCUCUUUUAAAAUUGAGUAGCAAAUGAAACAUAAAAAGAAACUUUGAAGUUGAUUAUUAAUAUCAAUUGUUAAAAUGUUUUAUUUAUUUUAUAAGUUCAAUGUUUUCUAUGAAUUUAAAAAUACUUCAAAGCCAAAGCCAACUUCAGAUGCCACGACCAAAUUUACACAAUUCAUAUUCGUUCAGUAUGUGUUACUUGGAUACAGACUUAUUUUCAUAAUGCAAAUUAAAAUAUAAAGUGACAUUUUUUACUGCACUAUAGAAAUAUUUGUAUACGUUGAACCCUCCUGAUUGAGGCUGACUGGAAGAAGCUGUGCUGUUGGUGGGUCUUACUCUGCAGAGCUAAAGGACAAGGCUGCUUCCCUGUAUAGAACCCAGGGCUCUGAAACUGCUUUAGCCAUCUGAUCUUUGCAGGUGACUCCCCAAGGUAAAAAUUACCCUCUUCUUGGUUUGCAAAGAAAAAUUGGAACUUGAUACUUUUUCUUCAAGUUUUAUAAUUGAAUUUCCAAAAGUCUGCCUUAUUUUAUACUUUUUCUAUAAAAUAUUCCCUAUAAAAAUGAAGAACAAAAAUGGAAUAUUUAAUGAAUUGACAUUUUAUAACCAGCCUCUUUUCAUCUGCAGUGGGAAUCUUUGAUUCCAGAAAUUUAUAAAGGUUCUAUAUCUUCACAUUUUGAAUAAUCAUAAUACCAUAAAAAAUGACACUUGAUGACAUUUCAAAGUGUCAUUUCAAACUUGUAUUUUCUUUCCAGAUAAAAAUGAAAUUAAACUAUUUGUUUUUAAGA